AGGAGGAGGAGGAGGAGAAAGCAGCAAUUGGCAUAGGACUCUGCCAGGAUCAGUAUCCUCUCGCAAGAGCAACACGGAGAAACUACCCUGUGGAAUGGAACAAGGAAGAAACCCAGGUGCCCAGCUGACUGCCCGGUGUCGGUUUUAACCUCAGAAGUGUUAUUCCCGCUCGGAGGGGUCAUUUGGUGAACUUCGGCCAACUUCCACCAAGGACCACCAUGCAGGGUUUCUGUAGCCGGGUCCCCUUUCCUGGGGAUUUCCUGCUAGUAGCUUGCCUCGUGGGCUUGUGGGCUCCCCUGAGCCAAGCUACCAUUGGCAGAGUCUCGGUCGUGUCCAUCCCGGAGACCCCCGCCGAGGGUCAGAACGUCACGUUUGCCGUGGUCAACGUGACGGGCACUAUUCGCCAGAUCGACUGGUACCGAGGCGUGGCGACGGACGGCUCGACCCGGCUCUUCAGUUACUUCCCCGGGAACGGCAACCCGCAGCGGAACGGGGUGCAACAGACGGGGAGGGAAUUUGGCUUCCCCAACGGGUCCCUCCUCAUCACCAGGGUCAGGCCCAACGACAGCAAGGUCUACACCGUGAUGCUUCUGAUGCGUCCCAGAGGCACUCUCAAAGGCUCCAUCGAGCUUCAGCUGGCACGCUCAACUACUACCACCCCACCUCCUACAACUCCCACCACAGAGGCGCCUCCUGCAAAGGAGCUCACCAAACCUCCUUUGAUGCUGGGCUGGAUUGUCGCUGGAGUUGUGGUUGGCAUCCUGCUAUCGGGGGCUGUUGGGGCUGUCCUGGUCUACCGCUUUGUCUUACAGAAGGCAGACCCAGGCACAGGGAUGCCAGGAAGACUGGAUCCAAGAGGGAAAAAGCCACCGGCACCCAAACAUGGUGACAAGGAGCCCAUUUAUGAAACGAUGGAAUCGCCUGUGGAAUCGCCCAGAGCAGAAGGGAAGGAGCCUCCCCCAAUGUCUGGACCUCUCCCUAAUUGUAAGCCUGUCGUCACGCUUUGCAGUUUGCAAGCCGGCCCGACUACUGGGACUACAAAGGGAAGCAUCGCCUGACAUCGCUAUGAGGUCAGGUGAUUGACAGGAGUUGCUACACAGAGCAGAAUCCAUUUACGUCGAGAUCAAGAGGUGAUUCUGUGCCUUGAGAGAUGCUUCUCUGACUGCC